AUGUCGUUACCAUCAUCUCGACGUUCUCCGAGAAAUAGUCAGAGUAGAAUUGUAGAAACCGAAAUCGAACGAUUAAAUCAGAAAACACAAGAAGCUAUCCAACAACCCAUUCAACAGCAUUCUGAACAUCAAAGAUUUUUCUUUGAGUACAUGGUAGAUACACAUGGAGGGUUUGACUCGUUGUUCAGAUUUUUGGGUUUGAAUCCUUUAGUAUUUCUCGCUAUCAGACCAGUCGUUAGUGAUAUCUAUACUGCAAGAAGAGGUAGGAAAAUAAAAACAAACGAACAAAUUGUUAGGGAAGUGAAUGAAAGUGCUAAGCUGUUUAAAGUUGUCAUGAAAGAUUCGUUUAUUAUAUUUAAUAAUGAAAAUUUACAAGGAACAAAUGUGAGUGAUAUUGUUGAUUGUACAAUAACACCAAUUAACGCUCCAAGUGGAAGUUUUUCUUCUAAGAUGUCGUUCUACAGUAAUAAGAACAAGACGUAUUGUAUUAAAAUUGAAGUUGUUGUUAACUCUGUUACUGGGACUGCAUGUUUUGUUUCAGAAAGAGAACCAGGUGCUUCUCAUGACAUGAGAUUGUUAAAAAAACUUCUGAUGAUAUUAACACCAUGCUCAAUGGUACUAAACUCAUUGGCGACAAAGGUUAUAAAGGAAUUCAGUCGCUUAUCCCCAAUGGUUUUGUUCCAACAGAGUCUCCACUUUUUGAAAACAGAUGUCUGGUUGAACGUUACUUUGGACGUCUCAAAACUGUUUAUGCAUUUGCCAGAGAGAAAUACAACAAAGAUACUGUAA